AUGUCACCUGGUUUUGGGGAGGGGAAAGCUGUCACCUACACCCUUCAAGAAUUCAUUAGGAAUUCCAUCCUGCGGCUUCAUAGGCAUCCAGCUAAAACCUUUAGUCUUAAAAUCAGCUUAGGUCUAAUAUCAGAUUCUUUUCAUAUGUUUUUUGACUGUACUGCUCUAUUGGCUGGAUUAGCAGCUUCAGUUAUUUCAAAAUGGAGGUCAAACGAUGCUUUCUCAUAUGGGUAUGUUCGAGCAGAAGUACUUGCUGGUUUUGUAAACGGUUUAUUCCUCAUCUUUACAGCAUUCUUCAUUUUUUCUGAAGGUGUUGAGAGAGCACUUGAGCCUCCUGACGUGCAUCAUGAGAGACUUCUUCCUGUUUCUAUACUAGGAUUCAUUGUAAAUCUUAUAGGAAUAUUUGUUUUUCAACAUGGAGGUCACGGGCAUUCACAUGGCUCUGGACAUGAACACAGCCAUUCUCUAUUUAAUGGUGGCCUCAGCCACGGACACAGUCACGGAGGUCAUGGUCACAGCCAUGAGCAUAAACACGCCCAUGGACACACUCAUGAUCAUGGCCAUAGCCAUGGACACUCUCACGGUCAGGAUUAUUGUCAUGGUGACCAUUCUCUUGAAGGGAUGGCUGGAUCCAGCAAACAGAUUUUACAAGGUGUAUUCCUACACAUCGUGGCAGACACGCUUGGAAGUAUUGGUGUAAUCAUAUCUGCUAUACUGAUGCAGAACUAUGGCCUAAUGAUAGCAGAUCCUAUUUGUUCAAUGCUGAUAGCACUACUUAUAGGCGUAAGUAUUGUUCCACUUUUAAAAGAAUCCAUUGGAAUUUUGAUGCAGCGAACUCCUCCUUCCCUGGAAAACGUCCUGCCUCAGUGCUACCAGCGGGUGCAGCAGUUGCAGGGAGUUUACAGUUUACACGAUCCACAUUUCUGGACCCUCUGUACUGAUGUUUACAUAGGGACUUUGAAAUUAUUAGUGGCUCCGGAUGCCGAUGGAAGGUGGAUUCUAAGCCAGACUCACAAUAUUUUUACUCAGGCAGGAGUAAGACAGCUUUACAUACAGAUCGAUGUCGCAGCCAUGUAGGGAGUGUCUGAAACUGUGCUGUUGGACCAAAGUUUCCUGUACUGUACCGGCUAAGAAGAUGCUUCUCAAGACAGAGCCUGCCUCCACCGCCGCUCUGGAAUUGACUGAAUAGAUUCCUGCCCUUGGGCUGUGGAUGGAGUAAAUAUUGAAUGAAUGUUACAGACUUCGGGUCUUGUCUUUUUGUGGCCCCUAAACUUGUAAGUUUUUGAGGGUUUUUUACUUACUAAGAUUGUGGUACUGGAAACCCCGUCAUGUCUUCAGUAAAGCUGCUGAAACCACUGCUUGUUCCCAUAAAACCAGUGUUAUCAACAAUUGGAAACUCGUUUUCUAGAUAAUGUCACGAUGGCUGACAUGCUUCGAUAGAAUUGUAUGUUUGUACAAUUGUUUGUACUUUGCAAACUUAACGAACCAAACCAUAUUGGGUUUUCAAAGUGCCUUUUAUAUCGGGAGAGGUAUUUUCCAGCAUCAAUACGGAGCAUCCAAGGGGUUUAUUACUUUUCCAGAUAUCUUGUAUGCGGUCUGAUUAUUUGCUCGUGAUGUAAUGGGGGGGUUGUGUAUUUGCAUAACUGUAGACGUUAGGCGUCCCGUCCCAAACCAUCUUACCAAACAGAACAACUCCACAUGUAAAAGGCAAAGCUGUUGGGAAGAGACUUGCUUCCAAAACAAGCUGGGUAUUGUUGCACGUAUCUUGUGGAAACUAUUUCAGUCAAAAUACGACAUUGAACUCCAGUUCUUGGUCUCCUCAUACCCUUGAGUAAUGAGGCGUUACGUGACGCAACUGGCGUUCGUAGUCGCUGAAACAGCAGGAGGGAAGAUGCUGGUGGUGGAAGCAAUGCUUGAAGUUUUUGAUCUUCCUAAUUAUGUGACGGGAAAAAUUAAAUCCCUAAAUUGUUUGUGAGAGCUUAAAUCUCCUUGAUUUUAAUCAGUUGUAAUAUUUUAUUAUUUUUUUUUUUUAUUAAAGUGAUUGGUGAGUUAACUUUUGCCUUUCCAAAUACUGAGAAUAGUUGUUCCUGGUUAUACCUGAAAUGGAAAUAAGGACCAUGGUUCGUGCUGUUUAAGGUUACGCUUUGUCCGGGUUGACAAGUCU